AUGGCUUCAUCUUCGUUUGAGAGAAAGAUACGCGAUUUAGCAGGGUUCCUGGACGAGGAUCAAGUACAGCGACUAUUAAAACUAGAAGACAAUUGGCAGCUCGAGAGGUUCCUCUAUGCAGUCGAGAAUUGUCCUGAUAUUCUCGGUCCUGUUGACGCCCGAGAUGCCCCUAAAGAGCCCGUUUCACCCUACAUUAGCGAACGAGUGAUUCGGCAACAGCUGCUGGAAAAAAUUACACAGAUUGCGCACGAGGUCGAUCCAAGCUACGACAUUCACAUGGCGCUAUUUGCGGUCUUGAUGGUCGCCCCAGUCGACAAUUUACAGUCCAAAGUCGAGAUGCUGGAGAUGAGCCAUCGCGAUAACGACCAAACUGCUGUCAAAACCAUGCUCACCCAGUGGCGGGAAAUAAGUCUGGCCGGUAUUCAAGCAUUUGCGAAUAAAGAAGUGCGACGAUCAGGGAGUGCUGGCACGGGCUACCAUCCUCAAGACUCAUCCGUUCAAGAAGUGCCGACAAAAACGCGGCGUCUCUCUCAGGAAAGCCUUUCAUCUGACCCAAGAGGUGCUCCCGUCUCAUCGCUCACCUCAAAACUUCUCAACCUGCCAUCUUCGAACCCACAAGCACAAGGCCUGGCUGAUGAGAGAGCAGCAUGGGCUGCAAGACUCUGCAGGUACCGGGAUCGCAAAGUUUGUUGCCUUAGCGUCCAGCCAAACCCUGCCAUGGCUCAUAUUUUCCCCCUGGAUGGUUCGAAUCUAUCCAGCAUCACGGCCAUGAUCGACAUCUUUUGGGGCACUGAUUCGGCUGCUCGGCUCUCAGCAUUGAUGGCUGGGGAUCAAAACAUUAGCGAGUCCCCUCAGAAUCUGCUCUCGCUCAAUCGUCAACUGCACUGGUGGUUCAACAAUGGCGGCAUGGCGCUCAAACCAUUAUGGGUGAUGGAAGGCGGUACAGUCUGUGUGCAGCUUCACUGGAUCGAGCCAAGCCGGUCGACGCCAGAUACGAGCAUACGUGGUGUCUGUUUCGACGAUUUAACGAGGCGAGUUGGUAGUUUCCCCAGUUGGAUGACUGGUGUUUAUCGGUCUUCGGGUGUUCCGCUAAGAACAGGAUAUACUUUCACUUUUUGGGAUUGGGUAGACGAAAGCUAUCUCCCAAACUUCGAUCUUCUCCAGCUGUCAUGGGAUCUUCGUCGUGUUGCUGCGAUUUGUGGCGCAUAG